AUGCUUGGCAAGUCGGACAAGGCCAAGCGUGCGGACACAGCGAGAGCCGCCCCCAUCCAGGGCGCCUGCGUGCGGUUUUCCCUGGCGGACAUGUUAACCGCGACGAACCGCUGGGCACCGCAGUUGCUGGUGGGCGACGGGUACCGCCUCAUGUUCAGGGGCGUGGACCCGCGCGACGGCGCCACCCCGUGGCUCCUCAAGCGCUGCCGCGCGCGCGAGUUCGACGAGUUCCACGCGGAGGUGACGGAGAUGGGCAACAAGAACCACCCCAACCUGGUGCGCCUGCUGGGGUACUGCGACGAGCAAGACAAGCAGGGCCGCUGGGAGAAGGUCGUGGUGUAUGAAUCCAUGCCUGCUGGCAGCCUGCUCGACCAGUUUCAACCGGGUUGCAGCGGCGUGCCUUUGACCCUGCAGCAGCGGCUGGGCAUUCUCAUAGGAGUGGCGCACGGGUUGGAGUAUCUGCACAGCUUUGGCAUCUUGCAUCGCUGCCUUUGCCUUAGAAGCGUUUUUCUGGAUGGCAGCAUGCAGGCGAAGAUUGCAGGGUUUGACUAUGUGACACGCGGGGCUGCAGGGGGUGGCGAGCAUGCAGUGGUGGGCGUGCGUGGGUACGUGGAUCCGCAGCUGCUGCUCUCCCAGGAGCACACACCCACUAAUGACCUCUACAGUCUGGUGCGCCUGGCUCGUGUGGGACUCGCAUGCACAGCCAUGCCUUCUUCCACCCGGCCCUCCCUGGGAAGAGUUAUUGCUGAGCUGGAGAUUGUGCGGGAUGACGUGGCAACAGCAUUGAGGCAGAUGGAGAAAGAGGUGGAGAGGCAAGAAGGGGAAUUACAGGGAGAGGGGGUUGCAGUGGCAGGCCAUAGUGGAAAUGAGCAUUUGGACUCUUGGGCCAAUCCUUCCCACGCUGACCCUCUCUCCACAUCUCCUAAUCCUUCCACUCCCCCUUCGCAGCUUCCUCCUUCUCCUCCUCCUGUGGCCGCCCCCUCCUCCUCGUCCGCCCUCCCUCUGGCGCCGCUGCUGUGCCAGCAGGUGGCCAUGGCGGACGUGCUGCGUGCCACGGCGGGAUGGGCGGCAGAGAGGCGCAUUGGCAGCGGCGGGUUUGGCGACGUGUAUCGCGGGAUUAACGAGAUGGCAUCGAAGCACCAUCCGAACCUUGUGCGGCUGUUGGGGUUCUGCAUGGACUAUGACGCGGCAUCGGAGCGCAUGGAGCAGAUCGCCAUCUAUGAGUUCAUGCCUAAUGGGGACCUCUACCACCACAUGCACGCCCAUGACACAGGUAUUAGCACCCCCCUGACCCUGCAGCAGCGGCUGGACAUUCUGAUAGGAGUGGCGCGCGCGCUGGAGUAUCUGCACAGCUUUGGCAUCGUGCAUCGCGACAUCAAGCCCGCCAACAUCCUGCUGGACGCCCACAUGCAGGCGAGUGUGUGCGCUGAUGGGCAUCUUAUGAGAAGCCAACAUGCAGGCGAUGCUGACGUGUACAGCUUUGGAGUGGUCAUGAUGGAGCUACUGACCUGCAAGCAUGUUGUGCUGCUUUGUGAAGAUGGGUCACAAAUCAACAUCAAGGACUGGGUGGAGCAGGAGGUGGCGAGAGGGGACAGUGCAUCUGUUGUCAAUGGGGAUCUCAAUGCACCACAUGCCAUGGCCUCCAAUCUAGUUGCUAUCUCUCUCUCAUGUGUUGCCAAGCUCAUAUCAAACCGACCCAGUAUGAGCCAUGUGCUAGCUCAGCUUGAAGCUCUGCGCAGGGAGCUCAUGGGUGGAACACAGGAGAGAGUAGCCAGGCAGUUAGAUGCAAAAGUUCAACAAGGACAGAUGAAGCGCAACGCCAACGCUGCCCCGCCAAGUCCUCACCACCGCAUGUCGAAACGCCAGCGGAAUGCCAUCAUCGCGAAGGAGAAACUUCAAUGGUUGAAGAUGCAGGGCUCUCAGCCCGACCUGUCUAAUCGCGCGCUGGCGAAGCUCGCGAACGUGCAGCCCUGCCAGAUCCGCGAAUGGAAGAAGAUGAGGGAGCGGCUGGAGGUCGUUUCCAGCUGCCGCCGUCGCCUCAUGGGGCACGGGCGCAAGUCGAAGUACCCGUUUAUAGAACGGGCUGUCUACUGCCAGUUCCUGAAACACCGAGCAAGGGGCCUUGCCGUCACGGUCAGCAUGCUCCAGAAGUGGAGCGCCAAGUACAUGAAGCACAGGAUGCCCGGGGUCAACUGGCGCGCUUCGUUCCGGUGGGCGAAUCGCUUCCGCGCGCGCUGGCAUUUUGCGAGGCGGGUGAAGACAAAGAUGGGACAGAAUCUGGCAGCGGUUAAGUGA